AUGCGGCUCCUCAAAUGGAAUCACGGAGAUGUCUGUCUGGUUGACGCCCCAGAAGAGAUCCCCCCAUAUGCGAUACUAUCACACACGUGGGGCCCAAAGAACACAGAAGUCACUUUUGAAGAUGUGAUUAGUAAAACCGGCAAGAACAAAGUCGGGUAUGAGAAGAUUCGGUUCUGUGGGCAGCAAGCGCAGCGAGAUGGCCUGGAAUAUUUCUGGAUAGAUACCUGCUGUAUCGACAAAUCCAGCAGCGCCGAGCUUAGUGAAUCCCUCAACUCCAUGUUUAAGUGGUAUCAGGAGUCGGAGACUUGUUACGUUUAUCUUUCUGAUGUCUCCGAGAAUCAGAGUCGGCCAGGCUGGGAACUUUCGUUCCGCAAGUGCAAAUGGUUCACUCGAGGCUGGACACUUCAGGAGCUUCUUGCCCCUGCAAAGAUUAAAUUUUUCUCUCGAAAGGCCGAAUAUCUCGGCGACAAGCAGUCUCUUGGACAGCUGAUCCACGAUAUCACCAAGAUCCCUAUCGAAGCUCUCCAUGGUAGCUGCCCCCUAUCGAAGUUUGCGACAAAGGAUCGAUGUGCCUGGAUGAACGGCCGGGACACUACACGACCCGAGGAUCAAGCCUACGCCUUACUGGGGAUUGUUGACGCGUAUUUGCCGUUAAUGUACGGCUAUGGAAAAGACAAGGCGAUGCUCGAGCUUCACGAAGCUAUAUAUGUGCGCAAAAAACAAAACAUCUCAAUGGUCCAGGUAGACGAGUACCUGAAUAGCCAUCAUUAUAGCGACGAUAGGCUUCGCAUUCAGAGAUUAUCUGGCGAGAACCUAGAUAUGGCUAAAUGCUACAUAAACUUAGCUGUAGUCAGACACAUGCCACUGAACAAUACAGCACCUAGCAACGAAGAAGCUUCACCUUUCAAUAUGUUCAGACGACUCGGAGUGGAUGACAGAGACACAAAUGAACGUGUAGAUUUGGCCACAAUGUUCGACUCACGUCGCACUUCUCAAGGUCUCAUGAAAUCGCCGCGAAGAAUUUUCAUCAGGGGGCGCGCCGGUGUUGGAAAGACCACGCUUUGUAAGAAGAUUGUUUUUGAAUUCGAGCGCCGAAACAUGUGGAGCGAUCUUUUUGACAGGGUGCUAUGGGUACCAUUGCGGACACUCAAGACUUUGUCACGCGAUAGCCUCACGCUGGCGGAUUUCUUUCACUACCACUUCUUUCGAGAUGAUCAAUGUUUUGGCCGUAUUUUGGCUGAACGCCUCGGAGCGGAGGUCCAAACUAGGCCGGGAAUGGGUACUGGAAGCAGGACCUUGCUUAUUCUUGAUGGCCUCGACGAAGUAACUGAGACAUGGAACAUUGAUGAACCUAUGCAUGACUUGCUGGCUAAGCUGCUCAACCAGCCAAAUGUCAUUAUUACAUCUAGGCCUCAUGCUCAACUGUCCCUCGACGUUGAGAAUCCUAUUGACCUCGAACUCGAGACUGUAGGAUUUCAACCUAAACAAGUUGAUGAAUAUCUGGAAAUGGCUCUACCAGCCCCAAAGGAUGCAAAAGAGAUACAAAAUUUUCUGAAGAGAUUCGCGAUUGUUCAAGGCCUUGCUCGAAUCCCAAUCCUUCUCGAUGCCUUAUGCUAUAUUUGGAGUGACAACGCGGGCAAUAACCCUAUAUUGCAAAGUAUGACAAAUUUCUACAAAUACGUCCAACAACAAUUGAUGAUCAAGGAUAGCGUCCGUCUAGGGAAACGAAAAGUAUCUGUUGCAAAUAAUAUGGGGUCUUUGCAGCUAGAGGACUGCUUUAAAGAUGAGGUAGAACUGCUUGAAAAGCUUGCAUUUACUGGCAUGGUGAACGACAUGGUCGAGUUCGAGCCGAAGACACGCCAUUUUUGCCUUAGGGCCUUUAAAAACGAGAAUGACAGGGUCUUGCCUGAUCAAUCCAUCCGACAUCUCUCAUUUUUGCGGACAUCAGAUCCACAUAAGAAGGGUGCAGAUGUCAACUACCACUUCCUGCACCUCACUUUCCAAGAAUUCUUCGCUGCAAGCUAUUUCGUGCGCCAGUGGAUAUCAAAUUCGGAAAAUUUCGUCUGCUACUUGGACCUAAAACACGGCGAAGGCAAGAAACAGGAGACAAUAUCGAGUUUCCUUGCUCAACACAAGUAUAACCCAAGAUAUGACAUCUUCUGGCGCUUUGUUGCCGGGUUGCUAGAUGACGAACAGAACGGUGAUGAGAUAGCAAAAUUUUUCCAGGCGAUAGAAGAAUACCAGUCCCGGGAUCUAUUAGGCCCAGCGCAUCAACGACUCGUUAUGCGCUGUCUGGCCGAGGUCUCCAAAGACUUAGCGUCGAGACGGGACCUGGAAAGAAGAUUGAAAGCAUGGCUCCUUUUCGAGAUUGAAUGUACUCCUCACAGACCCUUGUCUAGGGCAAUGGAGCUCCCAGAUCAUGUGCUUCUUGAUAUCCUCCGGCAAUGGAAAUCGCAGGAGGACCCGUCACUCCUUUCAGCCCUUGGUUCAAGGGUGACCCUAUCUAGUUCCAUCCAGUGGGAACUCCUGGCCCAGCUAGAGCCAAAACAUUUUCCAGUGCGAGAAAUUGUUGUUCGUACACUGGGCAGACACAUCAGCGAUCCAGAAGUCCAGGAAGAGCUUUUAACACGUUUGGAUGACAAAGACCCUGAUAUUCAAUGCACUGCUAUUGAAACUCUCGGCUACCAAGCGGGCAACACUGAAAUUCAACGAGCACUUCUAGGUCGGCUUGAUGAUGAAGAGUCCAUCGUUAGAGGUGCUGCCGCUAUCGCGCUCAGCAGCCACACGAGCGAUCCUAGAGUGCGGCAGAUACUUCUGCUCGCGUUAGCUGACGAAGGCUAUGACGCUCGUGUGGCUGCUGCUAGCGCUCUAAGCAGCCUGGCUGGUGAGCCCGAGGUCCAACAGGCACUCCUCGCCCAGCUAGGUGACACAGACCCUAUUAAUCGGAGUAUUGCUGUUGACGCGCUCAGAAGUGAGGCCGGUAAGCCUGAGGUCCAGAAAGCUCUCCUAGCUCGACUUUUUGAUGACGAAGACCGUCUUGUUCGAAUGGCUGCUGCUGGUGCUUUCAGGAGCCAGACCGGCGAGCCCGAAGUUCAACAGGCAUUACUCACCCAACUAAGUGACAAAAAUGCUGAUGUGCGAAAAUAUGUUGCCGAUGUGCUCGGCAAUCAAGCUAGCGAGCCUAAGGUACGGGAAGCUCUCCUAGCUCUCCUGAGCGACGAAGACGGUAAUGUGCGAACAUAUGUUGCCAUUGCGCUCGGCAAUCAAGCUAGCGAGCCUAAGGUACAGGAAGCUCUCCUAGCUCUCCUGAGCGACGAAGACGGUGAUGUGCGAACAUAUGCUGCCGAUGUGCUCCGCAAUCAAGCUAGCGAGCCUAAGGUACAGGAAGCUCUCCUAGUGCGACUGAGCGACGAAGACGGUGAUGUGCGGUCUUGCGCUGCUAAUGCGCUUAGCAGCCAAGCCAGCGAACCCAAAGUCCAGCAAGCACUUAUCGCUCGACUAAAUGAUGAUGAUGAGGGUGUCCAAUUGAGAGCUGUUGAAACCCUCUUAAGAUAUCAAGACAAGCCUCUUCAAAUGUUUAGCGCCGAAGAGAGGAUGGUUAUUGUUAGGAGUCUAAUUAAACUGAGCUUUUCGCAAGCGUUCAGUUGGCAGGUUGGAUCCGGUGUUUCUACCUUAUAUACACCAUGGGGCUUGAUUAAAACAAGCAUUGCGGAUACGAAAUCGCUGUCCAAAAUCAUUGAAUGUGGCCGGCCGACUGGGUAUCCUGUUGAUGUUUUACAGCACGCCCAACCUGGUCCAAGUUUAUGGCUAUCGAGCUUGCCAUGGAUGCGAAAUCUGUUUUCUCGAAAUGUGCCCACUUGA